AUGAAUGCACUCAUGAGUGAGUUGUCGACAAUACAAGCGGUGAUGAAAACACCGCACGUCUCGCAUAUUGUGGUCGUCAAGACUGACAGCAAUGCCGGCCAACACAUCCCACAGAUAUCGACAAAUACUAGCCAACGAGUGAUACAAUUGCCGCGUUUGAUAAUCAGUCCAUCACUUGUGGAUCAAAGUGUUGGUGAUGUUCGCGAAGACAGUAAAUGCUUGGAUAAUAGACCGAAAACCUCUGACAUCUCGAAUGGCAACGAAGACAACGACACAAAUGUUGUGCCAAACGAUUGUAAUUCUGGGUCUAAUGGCGAGUCCGACGGCGACCACAAGUGUCCGGUCGGCGGCUGUGGGAAGAACUUUACGAGUCUUCACGUUCUGGGAAAGCCAUUCAAAUGCGAUUACGAAAACUGCGACUAUAUCUGCGCCAAAAAAUAUCGACUUCUGGAGCACAAGAAAUCGCACGACAGAGGCCUCAAAGCGCGGGGACAUUACGACCGGUGCUUUGACACCGCUCUUCAGAUGUACGUCUGUUCCCACAAUGACUGCGAUAAGAGGUUUGCCACUCGCUAUCGGUUAUUAGCUCACACACGGCUCGUUCACAUCGGCCGCCGGUAUGUCUGCGAUUACGUCGGCUGUGAUAUGGCGUUCAAAACCAGCGAUGCUUGUCGUCGACACCGUAACACUCACGUGCCGUUCGGCGAAAAGCCGUUGUCUUGUCCGCACCCGGGCUGUGGCUACCGGUCCUCACAGCGUUCAUACAUUGGCCGUCAUAUGAAAAUUCACGUCAACGACGGAUCAGUAUUUGUGUGUCCGGUCGACGGGUGCGCAAAGUCUUAUCCGAGGUCCGGUAGUCUAAAGGCUCACACAUUAGCCGCCCAUACCGUAGGGCGCAAGAGGUUUGUCUGUAAGCACCCGAAAUGUGGCCGCAGUUAUUGUAAUAGCACUACACUUAGGCUCCAUUCGGCCCAACACUGCGCCGAACCGACUCUUCGGUGUCGUCGCGAAGACUGUUCCGAAAUGUUUGGGUCAUUGUCUGCGUUAGACAGACAUAUGAAGAGUGUUCACAAUAGGAAAAGAUAUGUGCCUAAGAAGUAUGCGUGCGAAUGGCCCGGAUGUGACUAUAAGGCUGUGCUCGAUCAAAUUAAACGACACCGUACUAUCCACACCGGCCUCAAGCCGUACGCCUGUGAUUGGCCAGAAUGUGGUAAACGGUUCCGAACCACACAUUCGCUUAAAGACCAUAAGAAUGUCCACACAAACAGUAAGCCAUACGCGUGUCAUUGGCCGGGAUGUGCCUAUCGGUGCAAUAGUCACCCAAAUAUUGCUAAACACGUUAAACAGAGGCAUCAAAACCAAUGA